GCAUAAAGCGCCUGCGAGGGUGAGCAGCCCAGUGCGAGUGGUCCCGAGUCUAUACCCUCCUGCAACAGAGCAUUCCAGGCCCAGCUGCCACCUGCCUGGUGCCACCGAUCGAUCCAGGGAUCUGAGGCCACUUGGUACGUGCCGCUCGCAGGCGGACUAGGUGGGGACUCUCUCCCACCUGUGGAUCAUCUGCCCACCCUGGGGACUCCGCUCCUACUCCUUGAGAAGCAAGGAUGUCGAAUGUCUGUUCAACAGAGGACAGCUUCCGCUAUCUCAUCUCAAUCUUCAGGAGUAGGUUGAAAAGGUCCUUUGAGGUGGAGCCUGUGCUGGACUAUCUGAUCUUUCUGCCUGCAGAAACCAAAGAGCAGAUUCUGAAGAAGGCCACCACCUGUGGGAACACCAGCGCUGCAGAACUGCUGCUGAGCACUUUGGAGAAGGGGGAGUGGCCGCCAGGCUGGACACAGGUGUUCGUGGAGGGCCUGGAGCACAGUGGCAGCCACCUAGCAGCACGCUAUGUCAGACUCGCCGAUCUGCCCUCCCCCUCCUCUGAGACCACCCAUGAUGAAUGUCUCCACCUGCUGAAUCUCCUUCAGCCCACUCUGGUGGACAAGCUCCUGAUUACCGAUGUCUUGGAUACUUGCGUGGAGAAGGGACUGUUGACACCUGAGGACAGAAAUCGGAUCUCUGCUGCAGGAAAUGCUGGGAAUGAGUCAGGUGUAAGAGAGCUGUUGAGAAGGAUUGUGCACAAAGAAAACUGGUUUUCUACUUUCCUGGAUGUUCUUCGCCAAACUGGAAAUGAUGCCCUCUGCCAAGAGUUAACAGGUGCCGGCUGCCCGGAAAGCAUUGCAGAGUUGGAGAAUUCGUCAUCUCAGGAAGAUGGGCCUGAAGCUCUUGAGUCCAUUCUGUCUGCUCUAGAUGAGUCAAGUCUGGAGACAGAGGCCAGGGACACAGAGAAUUCUUCACCAGAGACCUCGUUUGCAGACUGCUCUGUGACCACAGAAUCAGACACAAGUUUGGCAGCAGGGAGUGUCAGCUGCUUAGACGAAAGUCUUGGACAUAACAGCAACAUGGGCAGUGAUUCAGGCAUCAUGGGAAGUGAUUCAGAGGAAAGAAUGAGGCCACAAAGAGCAUCCCCUGAGCCAGAACUGCAGCUCAGACCUUACCAAAUGGAAGUGGCCCAACCAGCUUUGGAAGGGAAGAAUAUUAUUAUCUGCCUUCCCACGGGGAGUGGGAAGACCAGAGUGGCUGUUUACAUCACCAAAGAUCACUUAGACAAGAGGAAGCAGGCAUCUGAACCCGGGAAGGUUAUGGUCCUUGUCAAUAAGGUGAUGUUAGCUGAACAACUUUUCCGCAAAGAGUUCAACCCAUUUUUGAAGAAAUGGUAUCGCAUUAUUGGAUUAAGUGGUGAUACCCAGCUGAAAAUAUCGUUCCCAGAAGUUGUCAAAUCUUAUGAUGUUAUCAUCAGCACAGCUCAGAUCCUGGAGAAUUCUCUCUUAAAUCUAGAAAGUGGAGAAGAUGAUGGUGUGCAGCUGUCAGAUUUUUCCCUCAUUAUCAUUGAUGAAUGUCAUCACACCAAUAAGGAGGCCGUCUACAACAAUAUCAUGAGGCGGUAUUUGAAGCAGAAGUUGAAGAACAAUAGCCUCAAGAAACAAAACAAACCAGUAAUUCACCUGCCACAGAUUCUAGGACUGACAGCUUCACCUGGUGUUGGAGGAGCCAAAAAGCAAGCGGAGGCUGAAAAACAUAUUUUAAAUAUAUGUGCCAAUCUUGAUGCAUUUACCAUUAAAACAGUGAAAGAGAAUCUUGGUCAACUUAAACACCAAAUAAAGGAACCAUGCAAGAAAUUUGUGAUUGCUGAUGACACCAGAGAAAAUCCAUUUAAAGAGAAACUUCUGGAAAUUAUGACAAGCAUCCAGACUUACUGCCAAAUGAGUCCAAUGUCAGAUUUUGGAACACAGCCUUACGAACAAUGGGCCAUUCAAAUGGAAAAAAAAGCCGCUAAAGAUGGAAAUCGCAAAGACCGUGUCUGUGCAGAACAUUUGAGGAAGUAUAAUGAAGCCCUACAAAUCAACGACACAAUCCGAAUGAUUGACGCAUACAGCCACCUAGAAACUUUCUACAAUGAUGAGAAAGAGAAGAAGUUCGCAGUCCUAGAGGACAGUGAUGAGAGUGAAGAUGAUGCUAGCAGUCACGAUGAUGAACUUAAGGACAAUGUAAAGAAGUCUUUGAAGCUGGAUGAAACAGAUGAAUUUCUCAUGAAUUUAUUCUUUGAUAACAAGAAAAUGUUGAAAAAAUUAGCUGAAAACCCAAAAUAUGAAAAUGAAAAACUCAUUAAAUUAAGAAAAACUAUACUGGAACAAUUCACAAAGACUGAGGAAUCAUCUCGAGGAAUUAUUUUCACAAAAACUCGGCAGAGCACCUAUGCACUCUCCCAGUGGAUUAUGGAAAAUGAAAAGUUUGCAGAGGUUGGAGUCAAAGCACAUCAUUUGAUUGGAGCAGGACAUAGCAGUGAGGUCAAGCCCAUGACACAGAAUGAACAAAAAGAAGUCAUUAGUAAAUUUCGCAGUGGAAAAAUAAAUCUGCUGAUCGCUACUACAGUGGCAGAGGAAGGCCUGGAUAUCAAAGAAUGCAAUAUCGUUAUCCGUUAUGGCCUUGUCACUAAUGAAAUAGCCAUGGUCCAGGCCCGUGGUCGAGCCAGAGCUGAUGAAAGCACCUAUGUCCUGGUUACCAGCAGUGGCUCGGGAGUUACUGAACGGGAGAUCGUUAAUGAUUUCCGAGAAAAGAUGAUGUAUAAAGCUAUAAACCGAGUUCAAAAUAUGAAGCCAGAGGAGUAUGCACGUGAGAUUUUGACAUUGCAGGUACAAAGUAUCUUGGAAAAGAAAAUGAAAAUCAAAAGAAGUAUUGCAAAGCAUUAUAAUAACAAUCCAUCAUUAAUAACACUACUCUGCAAAAAUUGUAGUAUGCUAGUCUGCUCAGGAGAACACAUCCACGUAAUUGAGAAGAUGCAUCAUGUCAACAUGACCCCGGAAUUCAAGAGACUCUACCUUGUAAGAGAAAACAAAGCACUACAAAAGAAAUUUGCUGAUUAUCAAGCAAAUGGAGAGAUUAUCUGCAAAUGUGGCCAGACUUGGGGAACAAUGAUGGUACACAAAGGUUUAGAUUUGCCUUGUCUCAAAAUAAAGAAUUUUGUAGUGGAUUUCAAAAAUAACUCAUCAAAGAAACAAUAUAAGAAGUGGGUGGAAUUGCCUAUCAGAUUUCCUGAUCUUGACUGCUCAGAAUAUUGCUUGUGUAGUGAUGAAGACUAGAUCUUGAUUCAUGAUUAUUUUAAAAUGUUGCCAACUCAAGAUUCAGUAUGAUUUUGAUUGAUGUUCUCAUUACACCACUGAACUAAUGCCAGACUAUAUUAAUGAUGGUUUUGUUUUGUUUUAAUGUAUGUAAAAGAUGCAAUGUACUCUCCUUACUGGUUGUAUAUGUAAUUGUUACAUUGUCAAUAUGCUAAGAUCUGGAAUCAUCUAGGAGAUGGGCUUCUGCAAAUGCCCAUAAGGGAUUGUCUUAACUUAACUAAGGUAGGAAGACCUGCCCACUGUGGGGGCUCCCAUUCUCCAGGCUUGAGUCCUGGACUGUAUGUAACUGAGAAAACUAGCUGAACCCACAUUUGCAUUUCUCUGCCUCUGUGUCACUCAUUUUUACAAUCAAAUUUCCCUCCUCGGUUCAUUCUUCUUCACCAGCCUCCCUAUGAGUGAAACAUCAAUUACACUAUCUGCUCUGCUUUUAUUAGCUUGCUUGUACAACAAAUGGACAUGUUUCAUGGUUUUAUAUACACCAAUUUAUUAUAGCAGCUGCUCUGUAGGUCCAACAUCUAGAUGUAGUUUUCUCACAAGGCCAAAAUCAAGGUUUUGGCCAGAUUGUUCUCAUCCAGAGGCCUUCAAGGAAGUAACCACUUCCAUGCUCAUUCAGAAUUUGUUUCUGCAUAGCUGUCUGGCUAGGAUUUCUGCUUUCUUAUUAUAUUUCCACCAGGAAUUGCUCUCACAUCCCAGGAAUGCUUUAUUCUGUGGCCUCUUCAGAAAUCCAACCCAGCACAUAUCAUGUGUUUCUUCAGGGCCAGCAUGACAAACUUCCAAAGCUGCUAAGGAAUCUUAAGUAAGUUACCUAGAGUAACAAGGGUACAAUACAUUACGUUUUGAAUUAGGCAUCUUAUUGAUAGGGAGGUGUGAUAGGGAAUCUCACUUGUCAAUUUGAUAAAAUCUGCAGUCAUCUGGGGUAAGAUCCUCCAGGCAUGCCUGUCUAUUCCGCGUGGCUAAUAGGUCCUGACCACACUCAAAGCAAGGAAUUGAUUCAGGGUGUGAUGCAUGAACUGACAUAAUUUGGGAAGGAAUCUUAGGGAUCAUUUUAGAAUUCUAGCAUCAUACCAUUUGUCCCUAUUUUGCUAAUAUAUUGUGUAUUCAUAGGCAAGCACUUUGAUGAACAGGAAGCACUAUAUAGUAGACAGUGUCACCAAAUGCAGCAUCAAGCAGUAUCAGUCUUGCUUCCUCAGCUUUCACUUCUUCAAACCCAGUAUCAUUCUGGAAUGCCACCUAAUCACAGAACAGUGGCUAAACUGAGAGCAGGUCUAAUGCAUGCAAGAUUACCAGUAUCCACAGACAGAGUAGCUUACACUCAUACUAGCCUUUACAUGGGGUUUAGCAGAGAACUAAUGUUGAAGGUUUAGCGUAGGGAAUGAAGAACAAAAGCUCCCCACAUUCUGGCUGAAGGGGGUGUGAUCACCUUGGAGGGUGAUACAAUAAAUGUAUUAUUUGGGGUGGAAACAGGGCCAGCUGUCUUCACUACAGGGCCUGUACCAAGCAGUAAUAGAACCUCUCCAUUGUCACAGAAGAGCCAUGAUUGGAGAUCAUAACUUGAACCAGCCAUGUGAACUGACACCAAGUCUCAUUGAUGGUUUGCUCCAUGGAAACAACUACCUCUGAUGAAAAAGGGAAUGAAGACAGAAUUCUUUUGUGGUUUUUGAUCUAUUAGUUUAAUUCCAUAUUAAGGUGUCUUGAAUAUUUUUAUGAUGAGACUUGAGCUGAGAUGAAUAUACUAAUCAGAGCUCUUGGGAAUAUAAACAAAUAAAAGUUGGUUUUCUUAAAAUA